UUCCGGUAUACAGUAACCGCCUUCUGUGCGUUUAGACCGCGGAUUUCAAAGAAAACAUUUAAUGUCGUAGCGAUAAAUAAGUCAUAGAGCCAGUUCUUUGUUACACAUUCGAGAGAUUGUACCAGAAUAACAUGGCGUCCAUUACCGACCCAAAUCUGGGUGAAAGGAUCACAGCUGCAAUGGAGGAGUUCCGCAAUAAACAACUUAAACUAUGUGCAGACAUCACUGAAAAGAAUGAAGAGCUGUGUCACAAUAACAGACAUCUUCUGAAGUCUGCACUUGAUACAUGUUUGAAGAAAUGUGAAGAAGAUGAGAAGCUAUUUGAGAUGAUAAAUGAAUUUAAAAUGGACCUGGAGAAAAAGAAAAUGGUACUGAAGGAGAAACGGCACGCCAUAUCGGAGACAAUAUCUGAGGUUCAGGAGAAGGAGAUGCAGAAAGAAGACCUCAUCCUUAAAAUUCAGAAACUUAAAGAAGAACAAAUAAAGAGAAAAGAGGUGAUCGACUCACAGAAUAGAGCAAACAAAGACAAGCUGAAAAAUCUCCAGAAAGCCAGACUUGUUUUCCAGAAUCAUUUGGGGCUGGAGAUUCGAACAAUUAUGGACAAGUCACAGUCAGUCAGAGGUGAAAAGUUGCAGUUUAUUUUCCGAAACAUCAGUCUGUCUGAUCCAGACAACGCUUAUGUCAUUACAAUGGGGAUGAAAGAAAACAGAACAUACCAGAUUGUGUCCAGCGACCCUGUGCUCGAGAACUUGCCAGUCUUGGAAAGCCGACUCCAGGAGACCAAUAAUCUGGCAGCGUUUCUGGCCAACGUUAGAAAGGAGUUCAUCUCUAAGGCUCGCACCUGAGGUCGGAUGGUUGCUCUACAACAGGCUGACCAGGUUUCACUGCAAUGCAGACUGAA